AUAUAUGUUGGUAGGUUUCACAAAAUAGCUGAGUUUGCAGAGCUACUGUAGCAUGCAAACCGAUGGUGCAAACUAAAACAGUAUUACAGCACUACUUCUGGUGUCCCCCUCAAACUUUGCUUGUCGAGAUUUAUUUUUUGUGAUCCCCUAUGAAUGUUGUACGCAUCUUCGCUCAGACAAUCGGAUUUGAGCUUGUUCCCGAGUUUGCCCCCCAGCCGUUAUCUCUGAUGGCGUCUACUUCUUUCGUUGUAGUUGGAAAUACUUUUGGAAUGGACUUGCGCCGUAUUUCUCAAGGGAGUUGUUAGACAGUAAGAUACAAAAAUCAUGUAGAUUCAUAAAAAUGUAUUAAAAUUAAGACGUCUGUUCAUCUGUGUCUUUGGCCAAUAGAUUUUGCGCAGUAGACCGGUUUUAUGUGCAAUCUGGACCAUGUUCGUUAAAUAAAGAAGUUUCCAAAAAAGGAGAGAAUUAAUGUCUGUCAUAAAGGAUAUUGCAUAUUGUACUUCCCUUGUAUUCCCGCUUCAUAAACUGCCACCCGGAAAUAUUGUUCACUGACAAAACAUCGGUCCACAUCUGUUCACGUUCCUUUUCUAAACGUUUUCUGCUUCUUUCCAGGAAGCUGAUCAUUUAUUGACUCCACCUCUUUGAACGAGAAAAUAAAGAGACGAGGGGAAAAUAUAUCAUGGACUCGGCAACGUCGAGGGAUUCUUUUCAAAUUAUCCACACAAUGCACAAGGAAGCACUGCUUGCUCAUAGAAAGCAGUCAGAGGACACAUCAACACUUCUUGGAGGCCAGUCACCCAAAAAACUUGUUGAUGAUGGCAAGUACAUUCUUCUCAUGACCACUGGUACUGAAGUGACAGAAAAAAGUGAGCAAGAGAAUUUGCAAUCAUGUCAAAAUGCCAUUCUAACAGCACUACCUGAAAACAGAGACCAGCCCAAACCAGUCAUAGUGGUUGGUCCUGCAGGAUUUGGCAAAACCACUGCCUUAGAGAAGCUAAUAUUGGACUGGGCCACAGGUAAACAUCUCCAGCACUUUUCCUGGGUUUUCAAGUUUACUUUUAGUUACCUGAAUGUCCAGAAGGGGGUGAUGUCUCUCAAGGAAUUGUUGCUUCAGACCCACAGUCACCUCUCCCCUGAGUCCCUUGCCCUAGUCCUGCAGAAGCCACAGUCUCUGCUGUUUUUGUUUGAUGGGCUGGAUCAGUACAAGAACAACCUAGACCUCCCUACAUCCCAUACCCUUUGCUCUGACCCUAACCAGCCAUCCCCUGUCCCUGUGCUAAUUGCGAACCUGGUCCAUGGUACUCUCCUGCAGGGGGCAGCCACACUGCUGACCUCCAGACCUACCACACCCACUCUUGAGUCUCUGGAUGGCCACCGCGUGGAGCUGUUGGGUUUUCUGAAGCCCCAAAGAAAUGACUACUUCAACAGUUUUUUCUCAGAUCCAACUGCAGCCAACCGAGCAUUCCAGAACAUGGAAAGGACAUUGGGGUUCUAUGAGAUCUGUACAUCUCCUAAUUUCUGCUGGACAACGUGUUUCAUUUACAAGUCUUUAAUGGAGGCUGGAGAGAGUCUUCCUGAGACACUAACCCAGUUGUUUGUUUGCAUUACUGGCCACCUUAUUCGUGCACUGUCAUUGGACAAGGACCAUGCAAGAGACCUCAUGUCUUCUCUGGGCAGAAUGGCUUCUCAUUGCUGUCUUUCCCCACAUUCUCAAUGCUCCACAGAAGAAAUGACUUCCUUUGGUCUUCAACAGUUUCUAACAACUCCAACAUCACUGAAAGAUUUUCUGCACAUAGACGGUGCCCCAGAAUCAAAAGACUGCUCUUUUUCCUUCCACACCCAGAUGAUGCAAGAGUUUAUCACGGCUGUUUCCUUUUACUUAGACGAGUCCGAAGAAGUAAAUGUCGAAGAUUUGUUGGAGAAGCAUGGGGGCUGCAUGGAGUUUCUUGACCUUUAUCUGGUGGGGCUUGCUGAACCCUCUCAAAGGAAGCCUCUGGAGUCUCACCUAGGAAUGUGGAACCCUGACCGCAUUGUGGACUUAAACAGUUGGUUUAGAAGCACCACUGAGAAGGCACUGCAGAGCUAUCAAAAAGAGAGGCACCUACACUACCUUCGCCUGCUCCAUCAAAGUCAGAAUAAGAAGCUGGUGAAGGAUAACAUGAGGUCUGCCCGUGGCAUCAACUAUGGGGGUCUGAGUGUGCAGGACUGUGUGGUACUCAACUACACAGUGACAUGUAUGGAGGAGUGGGAUCAGCUGAAUCUGUACCGCAGCAUAGAUCUAACAGAGGAGAAAGCCAGUCUUCUGGUUCCUGCCAUGAGUCUCUCUCGUGUCAUAAAUCUAGGUCAGAGUUCUUUCACCGCUGGGGCUCUCAAUCACCUGGCCUUAGCACUGCGCCAGGGAAGAACCAUAGAGCUGGAUAUGUCCAACAAUCACAUGGGUGACACAGGGUUUAAACUUCUCUGCACAGGACUUGGGGAUUGCCACAUAGAGAUAUUGAAACUUCCAGUGUGUGAGUUGACUGAUGCUUGCUGUGAGGACCUGGUAGCAGUCCUGACCUCUGGGAGAUCCCACCUCCGUGUGCUGAACCUGAGGGCGAAUGCACUCCGGGACCCAGGACUCAUCAAGUUGAGCCAAGCACUUGGGAGCCCUCACUGCAAACUGCAGGAGCUUCAGCUACAAAUGUGCGAGUUCACAGGAGAGUCCAUGAAGGCCUUAUCAACUGCACUGAGCUCUGGCCAAUCACAGCUGAGAAUACUUGACCUGGCACAGAACCAGAUCACCGACCAUGGAGUGGAUUGGCUGGUCAAGGCUCUCCAGCAUCCCUGCUGUCAACUGCAAAGCCUGAUAUUGUUUGAUAAUGACUUGACGGCCGCAUGUUGCGCUGGUGUGGCUGCGGCCUUGCUGUCAGAAUGCUGCAGGCUGACUGAGCUGGAUCUGUCUGUGAAUGAGUUAGGACAGGAGGGGGCGCUGCAGCUGUUGAAGGCCCUCAGCAAGCCCGGGCAUCCGCUGGAAAAACUGAGCUUGGUCCGCUGUGAGUUGAAUCCACUGGUCUUUAAGGAGUUGGGUGUGUUGCUUAGCAAUGGGACCUCCAGACUGAAAUCGCUGUCUUUGGGCCUGAACAAAGUUGGAGAUGAAGGAGCCAAGCAUCUGUGGGUGGCCCUGGGUGACCAACGCUGCAGACUGGAACACCUGGACAUUGAAAUGAUCCAGCUGACGGACGCCUCCAUUGGAGACCUGAGUACAGCAGUAUCAGCCAGUGGCUCUCUGAAGAGUCUUGUCCUGAAGAACAACCUGCUGACUGACAGUCUGCAGUAUAACGACUUCAGUGAAGAUGUGUUUGAGCUGAUGGACCAGUGUGCUAAAAUCAAAUACUGAAAAAGUUACUCAAACUUGAUGACCAAGCAAAAACCAAACCAUUGACAGUAUUACAAUAACAUUCAAACAGCCACAGAC